CGGACAGCAAAGAGUUAACUCGAAAGAGGAAAUCCUGUCUGGUUGGACGCACUGAGAAAUGCGAUUAUACUGCCUCAGUUUAACACUGGCGAGCAGACGGAUUACGCACUAUGCGAUCCGCCUCAUAGAGAAAGCUUAUUCUACAAGGUUAUCUUUACAGGCGAUUCCUCUGUAUCUCAAAACGAAACGAGCGCAAUAGAGUAGCCAUUAUUAUUGUUGGGACAGAACUGGGGUUUUCAGCAGGAUGUCGGUUCGCCCUGACAGAACCUACACUGGGCCGAGAACACGCUUUCAGAACGGACUGCAGUUUGGCGUCCAGCAGCAGGUGAAUGGCCAGAAUAGACCAAUCGGUGCGUCACUGGACCAUGAAGCACCAUCAUCAGUUGUUCAGGUGUUUUUGGCGAACUCUCGUCACUGUUCUUCUGUUUGAAGGCACCCCGCUCAUGAUGUUCAGGGGGUCCCUCACUCUGACCCUAAACAGGGAUGACAGCAGCUUCACACGGAUAACUCACUCCUCUCACAAUGUCACACGACAUAGAAGAGAACUGCCUCUGGCGAAGACAAGGCCGUUUGCUGUUGUUGAUGGACUUAGGAGAAGCCUGAGUGAUGUUUUACAGAAUGGUCACCCUGACAGAUUGCAGUGUGGUUUACAAGUGGGAAGCAGCUUGUAUAUCUUGGACCUAGAGAAAAACCAAGAUCUUUUGCCAAAGCCGCCUAACGUGUUCUACUACCUGCCAAACGGAACCGGGGUGUCCAUGAAGGAGAGCCCAGUGAUGCAUUGUUACUAUCAUGGUUCAGUGCAAGGUUUCCCUCAGUCCCGUGUGGCACUCAGCUCCUGCUCUGGGUUACGGGGUGUGAUAGUCAUUAACGUCACACUGAGCUUUGAGCUGCAUCCUGAGGAAGAAAAGCAUGACAAAGAAGAGGAAGGGAGCGGAGAAAUGGAAGAAGGAUGGAUGCACGUGAUCUACCCUACAGAUUCACAAACAUCGGAGUCUAGAGACUGUGGAGUGUCACAUACCUCUAUUUCUCCCAUUCAGAUCAUCCCACACACACACAGGAGUAAGAGAGACAUUCUCUCAGAGACCAAAUAUAUUGAGCUGGUGCUGGUGGCGGAUCAUAAAGAGUAUCUGAAUUAUCAGAAGAAUAAUAAAACCAUAAUUUACCGCAUGUUGGAUGUGGCAAACCAAGUAGACUGGUUCUACCGGCCACUGAAUGUACGUGUAGCUCUGGUGGGUUUGGAGAUCUGGAGUGACCAGGACAAAAUUAAAGUGGAUAAAAAUCCCACUGAAACUCUAAACCGCUUCCUGGAUUGGAGGACCAGGGAGCUUCUAGCACGACUACGGCAUGACAACGCACAGCUCAUCAUGGGUGAAUCAUUUGAUGGGACAACAGUUGGCAUGGCAUCUCAGUCCUCCAUGUGCUCAAAGGAUCGGUCAGGAGGAGUGAAUGUGGAUCACCUGGUGAGUGUGUUAGGUAUAGCAUCAACGGUGGCACACGAGUUGGGUCACAACCUGGGAAUGAGUCACGAUACAGUCGACAGGAGCUGCCAGUGCCAGAACGAGCCUCGGCUUGGGGGCUGCAUCAUGGAGCCCUCCACUGGGUUUAUGCCCGGUCAGCUCUUCAGCAGCUGCAGCGAACGGGAUCUCUCUCUCAGUCUACUGCACGGUGGUGGAAUGUGUCUGUUUAACGUGCCUCAGCCAGAGAGUCUUCUGGGAGGUCCGCGCUGCGGAAACCUGUAUGUAGAGAAAGGAGAGGAGUGUGACUGCGGCCUGCUGGAUGAAUGUAAUGAUCCUUGCUGCAAUGCCAGCACGUGUAAACUGGUUCCUGGGGCCCAGUGCUCUUCUGAUGGCAUCUGCUGUGAGAACUGCAAGCUGCGUGUGGCCGGGUCGGUGUGUCGGGAGCCGUUGGGAGAGUGCGAUUUGCCGGAGUACUGCACUGGCACUUCGCCUUACUGUCCUCCUAAUGUGUUUCUGCAGAAUGGAGAGUCAUGCAAGGACGGGUCCUCCUGCUACAGCGGCGUGUGUGCCAGUCUGGACGAGCAGUGCCAAAUGCUCUGGGGACAGAACUCCACCCAUGCUCCACCUAUCUGCUUUUCCUCUGUGAAUAAGCAGGGCAAUAAGUACGGAAACUGUGGCCAGAUGCCCAACGGUUCCUACAUCCCGUGUUUGAAAGGGGAUGUGCACUGUGGUAGGAUCCAAUGUCAGGGUGGAAAUGAACGUCCUCUGCUGGGCUCCAACUCUGAGAUUCAGACCACAACAGUCAAACUGAACCAGAGUGACUUUACCUGCCGGGGCGCCUAUUUUAAUCUGGGUGAUGAUGUUUCUGACCCAGCCAUGGUGUCACAGGGGACAGCCUGUGGGCCCAACAAGGCAUGUGUAGACCAACAGUGCCGGGACGUGUCCAUGUUUGGUGUUGAGGAAUGCCGCAGGAAGUGCAAUGGCCAUGGGGUGUGUAACAGUAAUAAGAACUGUCACUGUGAUGAAGGCUGGGCUCCUCCUGACUGCAGAUACACUGGAACCGGUGGCAGUGUGGACAGCGGCCCUGCACGAGAGCCCAAAGAUUCAGAUCCUGCGCAGGUGGCUCUGCUGGUCAUUUUCCUGUUUGUGUUACCGGUCUCACUGCUGUUUGUCGCACUCCGUUUCCCCCGCUGUCGACGAGGCCUUGUGUACCUCGGCCACACCCCCUUCAACAAGAGCCGACAGAGCCGUGGGGUCUCGGUGGCCUAUAUUGAAUACUGUGUGAAAGAGGAAAACCGGAGGACUCCUGCUGUGGAGCUUGCAAAUGCUCGAAAUGGAGAUCAGGUGCAACCGCUCAGGUACCAGUGGGCCCACCAGAGCGACAUCCCUCUCACCCAGGCUGUCAGCAAGGUUCAAAACAGGCCUGCUGCUCCAACUAAACCUCUUCCACCUGAUCCUGUCAUUAAACCCGCUCAGUUGGCGGGGCAUUGGCCCGCCCCUCCCACCAAACCCCUCCCUCCUGACCCCAUCCCCUCAGAGAGCAAGAUGCAGUGCAAGCCCACAGGAGCACGACCGGCUGCACCAAGCAAGCCUCUCCCUCCUGACCCUGUCCUCUCUACACGACAGAACCCCGUUCCCCCCAAACCUCCGGUUCCCAAGAAACCACUGCCUGUGGAUCCUUCAUCCCACCCUCCUCCACCCCCACUGCUGGGACAUCCAGGACCUGCCGCAUCUUCAUCAUCUUACUCGCGUAACCCUGCGUCAGCUGCUGCUCCUGCCAGACCUGCUCCUCAUCCGCCUUUACGGAGACAGCAAUACCCUAAGAAACCCCACACUCCUCACCAAAUAUAGUCAGGAAGGAAACUGCAAAUUUCUGGACUACAGUUUUUUUCAGUAUUUUGUCUUGUUUAAUAGUAAAAAAUCUGUCCCCUUAAAACAAGAUAAAUUUGAGAAGAAAAACUGCACAACAUAUUUAGACUUGUUUUUAGAUAAUAUAUUCUGAAUAUUUAGGGUGUAUAUAUAUAUAUAUAUAUAUAUAUAUAUAUAAAUUAAAAAUUAAGAUUUAUACUCUGACUCAUGCAGUUUUCCUUCUCAUGUAAAUGUAUUUUAAGGACUUUUAUGGCUUCUUAUUUUUAAUGGGAAACGACAAUUUUUUGCUAUUUGGACCCACUGUGGGACACUACGUGAUGUAGACUUGCACAAUUCUAUUUGCACUGACCAUGAGUGAGGACUUGAUUCUGCAGGGUGUACAUUAACUCCUGUACAGACCUCUGUUGCUCUGCAUCUGGAUCAGAACUUCAGCUUACAACUCAUCUUGAGGCUUACUGGGCCAUCGGUGAAAUUACAGACUCCCAUGAAGACGAAAGGAUGUUAUAAUUCUGAAGAACUUUGUAAGAGUGGACAACAAAUAAGAACUUUUAAACGUUGAUAUAAAGUUCCUUUUGUGAUUCAGAUGCUUUGUUCAAUGCAUGGAAAUAGGAUAUGACAAGAUGAUGCCUUGAGGAGUCCUGAUUUCUUUCUCUGAGAUGCUGUAUGCAUGCUCAAUUUGCCUGCCUGUAGAUGACCUGAACUUUUCCUACAGAAUCUCUUUGGUGCCUAAUUACUUUGCCACACAACAUCUCCUCAAUGAUUGUUAUAAUACAAUCGCACCAAAACUGAAUUUCAGAACUCUUUGUUUCUAGAGCUGAAAAUUCUCCGUAAAUUCUGUCUGGUGUAUUGCAUUCCAUUUAACAUCAGCUGGUCUCAGUACAGACAUUAGCAUUGGACACAAACACACGUUCUCUGUAAAGUCUUUACUGUAAAGUAAGGUCUUAUAUCAGUAUCAAGAGACUUCAGAUUGUGAUUGUAAACGUUGCUGCAGGGACAAAGCUGGCUGAUUGGUGGAUCGAUCAAAGCACUGAGGAAGUGUAUUUGAAAUAUGCAGUAUUUUUAAUGCAAUAAACAUGGGAUUUAUUUUUACAGUU